CGGUGGGAGCAGAUCCAUUUCCGGGUUGGCAAAAGGGGCGGCGGCGGCGAGAAAGGGAGCUUUCCGGGGGGCGAGCAGGACGGGACGGAGCCGGAGCGGAGGUGGCGGAGGAUUCGCUCCCGGAGCCGCUGUGCCCAGCUCCCGAGCAGAAGUUGGCAGAGUUCCGGUUGACUGUCUCUUGAGGGAUGUGGCCCGGAUUAGAGUGGAUGGGGUGUUUCAUGUCAAAGUGAGGUUCAUUGGCAGAUCCUGAGAGCUGCUCUGCAAGGAAAUGGAGGCGAUCUUGAGUGAAUGAGUUGUGCCGGUGGAAUUUAAACCACAGCCCCGUUGACAGGCGAUUCUAGGAAAGGUAGUUCCCAGACGUCCAGCCUCCCUCCUCUCCCGUGAGUCCAGAAGGGAGUAGAGAGAAACUGACUCCUGAGGAUGUGAAAAGCUAUCAUGGUUUUUAAGUGGAAAGGCUUAAGAAGGGAAUGAGAAGUUUUCUGAAAUUCAGGGACUCUGAAGAACACAGAUGGUGAGGUAUAUGAGUGACCUAAAGCUGCAGAUUAAAAAGGAAAGAGAGCAGUGCCAGCUGCAAACAGGGCAAGGAUGCCAAUUCCUCCUCCCCCUCCACCACCCCCCGGUCCUCCUCCACCUCCCACUUCUAAUCAGGCCAACACUGAGCUGCCCAAGCUGAGUAGAGAUGAGCAGCGGGGUCGAGGUGCUCUCUUACAGGACAUCUGCAAAGGGACCAAGCUGAAGAAGGUGACCAACGUUAAUGAUCGGAGCGCUCCCAUCCUCGAGAAACCCAAAGGAAGCAGUGGUGGUUAUGGCUCUGGAGCAGCUGCCCUGCAGCCCAAGGGAGGUCUCUUCCAAGGAGGAGUGCCAAAGCUCCGCCCUGUGGGAGCCAAGGACGGUUCAGAGAACCUAGCUGGUAAGCCAGCCCUGCAAGUCCCCAGUUCUCGAGCUGCUGCCCCAAGGCCUCCAGGGUCUACAGCCGGCGGGCGCCCUCAGGAUGAUACAGACAGCAACCGAGCCUCACUCCCAGAACUGCCCCGGAUGCAGAGACCCUCGUUACCGGACCUCUCUCGGCCUAAUACCACCAGCAGUACGGGCAUGAAGCACAGCUCCUCCGCCCCUCCUCCGCCUCCCCCGGGGCGGCGUGCCAACGCCCCCCCUACACCUCUGCCUAUGCACAGCAGCAAAGCCGCAGCCUACAACAGAGAGAAGCCCCUGCCACCCACACCUGGACAGAGGCUUCACCUUGGUCGAGAGGGACCUCCUGCUCCACCCCCAGUCAAGCCGCCUCCUUCCCCUGUGAAUGUCAGAACGGGACCAAGUGGCCAGUCUCUAGCUCCUCCUCCGCCGCCUUACCGCCAGCCUCCCGGGGUCCCCAAUGGACCCUCCAGUCCCACUAACGAGUCAGCCCCUGAGCUGCCACAGAGACACAAUUCUUUGCAUAGGAAGACACCAGGGCCUGUCAGAGGCCUAGCGCCUCCUCCACCCACCUCAGCCUCCCCUUCUUUACAGAGUAAUAGGCCACCUCCCCCAGCCCGAGACCCUCCCAGUCGGGGAGCAGCUCCUCCACCCCCGCCACCCAUGAUCCGAAAUGGUGCCAGGGAUGCCCCCCCUCCCCCGCCACCGUACCGAAUGCAUGGGUCAGAACCCCUGAGCCGAGGAAGGCCCCCACCUCCGCCCUCAAGGACGCCAGCUGGGCCCCCCCCGCCGCCUCCACCACCCCUGAGGAAUGGCCACAGAGAUUCUAUUACCACUGUCCGAUCUUUCUUGGAUGAUUUUGAGUCAAAGUAUUCUUUCCAUCCAGUAGAAGACUUUCCUGCUCCAGAAGAAUAUAAACACUUUCAGAGAAUAUAUCCCAGCAAAACAAACCGAGCUACCCGUGGAGCCCCACCUCUGCCACCCAUUCUCAGGUGAAGCCUGGCUUGGUCCUGUUCCUCAGGAAAAGGAUGGACCCUCUCCUCUUCUCAGAUGGUCCCUUCCAUUCUCCCUGAAACCUGCAUGACAGCUCCUAACGUGUUUCUCCAGUGCAACCAACCUCGAGGCUCCAAGCGUCCACCCAGCUCACCUCCAUCUAUGCACCUCGUCUCUGGACUUGGUGACCGGACUCUUUAUAUUGACAGUAGGGUCUCAAACCCUGCAUCCAUCCCUCCUCUUGCAAGCCCUGCUGGCCAGAUGAGGAAAAAGAUUCCAUGUCUCCUGCUUUCCUCUGGGGAAAGGUGCCUUGUUGUGCUGAAUGAACUCAUUGUCGGGGCAGGGUGGAGAAUGGUACUCCUACCUUCUCCUACCCACUGUGGGGGGAGCUUGGUGGGUAUAUUAUAUUUCAUCAUUUUAGGAGGCCGGCAUGGCCAGGACUUCUGGGGGUGGGCAUUUUUAGUGAAAUUGGAAAGGAGUUUGCAGAGAAGUGAUCUGUUUUAAAGGUCAGGUUUAGAGCAUGGGCAAGGAAAUGGGUCUGCUUUAUUUUUAGGGGUAUUUUGGUUUUGCCCUCACCCCACCCCACGCUCAUACCCAGAAGUAGGUUGGAUAUAAACACUAAAUACUAAUCAGUUGAACUAAACGUCUAAUAAAAAGAGAGGGUGAAGUAAACUGGGGGUCCUUUUAGAGCUAGUCAGUUCCUCUGCGGCACAGGGACCAGGAGCCAUGUGAGCCCUCUGGGGCUCCCUGCUCUAUUUCUUCAGGUGCUGAGGCUGAGGGAUGUUUUUCCCCCUCUCACCACCUAUCCCCUCAAGAGAAAAGUCCCUUUCAUUCAUUCAUUAUGGAUUCAGAAACCCCCAAAACCUCUAGUGAGAGAUAGGAAGAUGGGACCUUGGCCUUGGCCUUAACCUUGACCUUGAGGCUGCCUCAGUCUUCUCUGCUUGGCCCUGAAGGCCACUGGCCCUUUCAGUCCUUUUCAGAAACUUCAGCUCCUGAUGGGUGCUCCAGGAUGAUGAAGAAGGGGAGGGUGAAACACCUUGUGGAAGGGACCAGCUCUGAGGGCUGUGAAGGACUUGAACGAAGGCCCACUCGUUGUGAAGUUCAUAGCCCAUCUGAGUGCGCAGGCUCUUCCUGUUCCCUUCUGCACCACUCCACCCCAAGACUGCAGGGGUUAACACAGCAGAGUGGAGAAGGGUGAGGAAGCUUAUGGGGGUAGUCAAAGAUUCCUCUGCCAAAAGCACAAGGACUUUGGUGCGGCGUGCCUCAGUCCAGUUGAUCUUCCCUGGCAGCCAGCAGUAUGUUGUUUUGUCUUCCAGGUCCUAGUUAAAGAGCACAGAGAAAAUGGAGGUUCCCAGUCUAGGUAGGAACUGAGCUUGGAUCAUGGUACAGGGACUUCCCCUUCUCCAACAGCAUGAUGGAGGAGCUCCUGGGCUCCACAUCCAGCUGGUUUGGUUUGCUAAAGCUCUUGUCAAGUGCAGAGGCUGCUCAAAGCUUGAAGUGAGAGCAAAGGAGCUUUCAUCAGAUACAUCACAGGCUUAAACUGCCCUAGGGACCUUUCCUAUCUGUUGGAUCACAGACGAAGGAUCUGUACAUGGUGCCCAGUGAAACCCAAGUCUUCCCAGUGCUAGAUGAGAGAGCUCUCAACUUGGGUUAUUUAUCUGGGGUCUGCGAUCCUUUGCCAUCCCCUGGACCAUAUUGACUGUUGGGGCAAACCAUGAUUAGGUCUGUGACCACGCUUUUUCUAAUCGUUCUUUAUUUAUCAUUCUUAUUUGCAAAUCUGUUAGCAGUUACCUCCCAGCAGUAUCCCCCCAGCAUCCUGAAGCCAGUGGAGCUUAGAGAGAGGAUGCUAGUGGAGGGAAAAGGAGAAAGUACAAGACUUGAUACUGCAGCAGAGUUCCAGGGUAGAUGCUGACCCCAGUUACUGAACUUGGACUGUGAAGUCUUCCCAUUUAUUUUUGAAAUGGGAGUUGAUGCCUUUUGUACAAUGUUAUCAAAGCGUAUCUCUUUUCCCCUCACUACUCAAACAUAGAGCAUCACACGUAAAAGCCAAACCCCAGUUUUUCAUUGGGGCUACUAUCUUCCUCCCGUAUGACGUGCCCCUCAUAUUCCCCAGCAUUUGGACUGUGUCACGUGGGUAUUGACUGUAUUUUCAUUUUCUUGGCCUCAUGGAAAAAGGCCUGGGACUAGAUCUAGUCAGAUGGAUUUUCUUCUUCAGAGCAUGUUGAUGACACAGUACCUAUUUAAACGUCUUUGCCUUAUACCUUAUUUGGUCCCUGUGUUAAUAACAGAUUUAUUAUCAUGUAUAUUUACUAUUGAUGAAUGGGAAUGUGAGCCUCAUAGUUAUUGAUCUAUUUUGUAUGCUGUAAAAAGCUUGUAAUAUAAUAGGUUUGAGGUGGGCUGGCUACAAGAGCACUAAAACUUCUCACCUUUUAAACUGCUCUUUUUAUCUGCUUGUGGGAAUGUCAUCUCUUCAGUGGAAGAUUGGGUGGUCUCAUGUUGAGGCUGUUGCCCAGUCCCAUUAACCCCCUUAUCCCUUCCCAGAAGGAAGAGACAUUGCCCAACUAGGCGUCAGGAAGCUGUGUUAAAAGCCCUUGUGUGGGUUUGGUUUUAUGAUGUUUUUCUCGGGUGGGAAAAACUUCAUAGUUGUUUCUUACCGCCCUUUCUGGGAAGCGGGCCAGUGGUCUGCAGGUUUUUCCAUGCGCUAGAUGCCCCUCUCCCCCUCUCCUCUGGUCCCCAGACCUGGAUCGUAGCACUGUGGUGCUCCAGGUGUGGUUUGCUCUAUCGUGGGGGUUUCCUCCAGCUGCAGAGGCCCGGCGUUUUCCCAGCUGGGCCCGCAGAGGGAGAGCACUUAGGGGCUAUCCCACCCAACGGACAUGAGGCUCCUGUCUCCAGAAAUUCAUCCCAGCCCUCUGAACUGGCAAAGGCAAGGAGACUAGCCACUGACCGUUGCCCUGGGGGCAUCCCCUCACCCCAUAGCUUCCCCUCUUGAAACCUAAAUUUACCUCCAGGGAGAGGUGAGAUGAAAUUGUAAAUAGACUUGCUACAGAGCAACUCAGGGUUGGGGUGUGUUUUAAUUCUCCUGAUCACUUGAAAUAAUCUGUAGGCUGAGUGCUUAUGGGAGUGGGGGUGAAGUGUGACUCCAGGGUCCUUCCCUUCUGCAAAGCUCUGGGGGUGGAGUAGAGGGCAUCUGAGGCCCUUUGAUGGCACUACACUGAGCUGUCUGUUCUUCUGGAAACCCAACCUACAAUCAACUGCAAAUCAGAUUCCUCACAUUCCAGUUGUAGUCUUUCUUUCCCUGUUGAAUCUCAGUCCCUGGCUGUACGUGGUCAAGGUGGCUUUCUGUGAGCCACCCUAAUUUAGGGAAUGCGAGGCAGUACAACUCUGCCUUCAAGACUCGUCUCUUUAAAGCAAAAUGAAGCAAAACUACAACCACCUUCAAAACACAUACAAAAAAAAAAAAAAGAAAA